CCACGACAUCGGUCUCGCCAUAACGCACUCCCUCCCUCCUUCCCUCUCUCUCUCUCUCUUUCUCUGUCUGCUCGCCACCAGUGAGGUGGUAGUUGGUGGCUGGCUGGGCGCUACCUCAGCAGGCAAAAGCGGGUAGAGGGGCAGCGGGAGCCAGGAGGAGGGAGGGAGGGCCUGCUGCGUCCAUGGCGAUGGCGGCUUCUCGCCUCCUCAUCUGGCUCUGCGGCGCGCUGGCCGUGGCGGCGGCGGCCACGGACACGCUGAAGCAGGGGGACUCGCUGACGGCGCCGGCGACGCUGGUGUCCUCGCCGUUGGGGGUGUUCGAGCUGGGCUUCCACGCGCCGGACCCCGCGCGCCCGGCCCGCCUCUACCUCUGCGUCUGGUACCGCGACACUCGGCCCAGGACCGUCGCGUGGGUCGCCAACCGCGCCAACGCGGCCGCCGCGGCCGCGCCCUCGCUCACGCUCACGGCCGGCGGCGAGCUCCGCGUCCUCGACGGCGCCGCCAAGGACGGCGCGCCCAUGCUCUGGUCCUCCAACACCACCACGCGGGCCGCGCCGCGCGGGGGCUACGAGGCCGUCAUCCUCGACUCCGGCAGCCUCCAGGUGCGCGACGUCGACGCCACCGUCAUCUGGGACAGCUUCUGGCACCCGUCCGACACCAUGCUCUCCGGGAUGCGCAUCAGCGUCAACGCCGAGGUCAGGGCGCAGGUCAGGGGCCCGCCGGAGCGGAUGCUCUUCACGUCCUGGGCAAGCGAGACGGACCCCUCGCCGGGCCGGUUCGCGCUCGGGCUCGACCCGGCCAACCCCAGCCAGGCCUUCAUCUGGAAAGAUGGCAAUGUUCCAUUCUGGAGGUCGGGCCAAUGGACUGGGCUAAAUUUUGUAGGCAUUCCAUAUAGGCCACUGUACGUGUAUGGGUACAAACAAGGAAAUGAUCCAACCCUGGGAACAUACUUCACUUACACUGCAACAAAUACAUCUCUGCAGAGGUUUGUUGUUGCGCCAGAUGGCAAAGACGUCUGCUACAUGGUUAAAAAGUCUACACAGGAGUGGGAAACUGUCUGGGUGCAACCGUCAAAUGAGUGCGAGUAUUAUGGUGCAUGUGGUUCAAAUGCGCUAUGUACGGUGGUCCAAGAUAGGAAGGCAAAAUGUACCUGCCUUAGAGGUUUUAAGCCAAAGUUAGCAGAUGAGUGGAAUGCAGGAAAUCGGAGCCAGGGCUGUGUUAGAAACCCACCUUUGGGCUGUCAGGUGAACAAAACUGGAGAUGGAUUUCUCUCAAUCCCGAACGUCAAGUGGCCAGAUUUUUCAUACUGGGUAUCUGGUGUGACUGAUGAGUAUGGGUGCAUGAAUACAUGCCAACAAAACUGCUCAUGUGGUGCCUAUGUCUACAUGACUCAGUUGACGGGGUGUCUACAUUGGGGUAGUGAACUGAUGGACGUUUACCAGUUUCAGGCUGGGGGUUAUGCCCUAAACCUCAAGCUUCCUGCUUCUGAGUUAGCAGGCUCACAUAUCGCAGUUUGGAAAAUAGCCGCAAUAGCGUCUGCCGUGGUGCUAUUUAUUUUGUUAACUUGUCUCUUUUUAUGGUGGAAGCGUGGCAGAAAUAUCAAAGAUGCAGUGCACAGAAGUUGGAGGUCAAGACGUUCAUCUACGAGAUCUCAGCAAAGUGCUGGCAUGCUGGAUAUCUCACAUUCGAUUCCUUUCGACGAUGAAUCGGAGGACGGAAAAAGUCAUGAACUCAAAGUACUCUCCCUGGACCGCAUUAAAGCUGCUACCGGUAGUUUCAGUGAAUCCAACAAGCUUGGGGAAGGUGGAUUUGGCCCGGUUUAUAUGGGAACAUUACCUGGUGGAGAAGAAGUAGCUGUGAAGAGGCUUUGUAAGAACUCAGGUCAAGGCCAUGAGGAGUUCAAGAAUGAGGUCAUACUGAUUGCGAAGUUGCAGCACCGGAAUCUUGUCAGACUAUUAGCUUGCUGUAUACAGGGAGAAGAAAAGAUCUUGGUUUAUGAGUACAUGCCUAACAAGAGCCUCGACGCAUUUAUCUUUAAUCCUGAAAAGCGAGGUCUCCUAGACUGGAGGACACGGUUUGAUAUCAUUGAAGGUAUUGCUCGAGGGCUGCUGUAUCUCCACCGGGACUCAAGGCUACGUAUUGUUCAUCGUGAUCUCAAGGCCAGCAACAUUCUCCUAGACACAGACAUGAACCCCAAAAUAUCAGAUUUCGGAAUGGCAAGGAUCUUUGGAGGGGAUGAAAACCAGUUCAACACAAACCGUGUCGUUGGAACAUUCGGCUACAUGUCUCCUGAGUAUGCCAUGGAAGGCAUUUUCUCCGUCAAGUCGGAUGUCUAUAGCUUUGGAGUUCUGAUCUUGGAGAUCAUCACAGGGAAGAGGGCUGUCAGCUUUCAUGGCCAGCAGGACUCCCUAAACAUCGCGGGAUAUGCAUGGCAACAAUGGAAUGAAGACAAGGGCGAGGAAAUGAUCGACCCGUUGAUAAAACCAUCAUGCUCGAUUCGACAAGUCUUGAGGUGCAUCCACAUUGCAUUGUUAUGCGUGCAAGAUCAUGCCCAAGAGCGUCCGGACGUCCCCGCGGUCAUCCUGAUGUUGAGCAGUGACAGCUCCAGCCUUCCCAUGCCGAGGGCGCCCACCCUGAUGCUCCGAGGCCGUGCUCUCGAGUUGAGCAAAUCAAGCGAGAACGAGAGGAGCCACUCCAUUGGUACCGUGUCAAUGACACAGCUGCAUGGAAGAUAGCAUGGCAGGGGCAGUAUAUACUGAAGAUAUCAUGUCUUUCUUUUUGUCAAGUUUUAUGUUGCAAUGCUGGUGUUUUCUGUAGAUUAGGGUCUGGGCAGUUUGAGGAAGCCCAAAUUGUGUGAAAAUAUAUAUACAUUUCUGCCGUCUGUAAAGAUGAAUGAUGGUCCAUUGUCAAGUUUAGUUAAGGCUACUAGCUAA